AACAAAAAUAAAUCGAAAAUCAAAAUUAAAUUUUUUUUUAAUACGUGACAAAGCAAAUUUCGAAAAAAUAAAAAAGAUUCGAUGUUUUUGUUAUACACUGUUGUCAUAUCUAUGCGAAUGACGCGAGUCUGCGGUAACACGCACUAGUUGCAGUAGUUCAGUGCAGACGUGCAGUUUGAAGUUUGAAACAAUCAUGACCGUUAAUCACAAAUCAUGUAAAUAACUGAUAACUGAUACUGAUAAGAAAAAAAGACGGUAUAUAGCGGUUAUAAGUAUGAAAAAUAUAAAUAUUUGAAAAUGCUCAUAAUAAAUUCACUUAAAAAUUAAAAUACCGUAAAAACCUAAAGAAAUAACACAGAUGAUGUUUUAUCUAUAAGUUUGAUAAAAAGGUCUAAUAUCAAAACUAAAAGCGUACUAUUGAAACUUGUGAACGAAAAUUUACUAUGCCGUGCGUGUGUAAAACGGAACCACAACACAUGUGGGUGCGAUGAUGUCCUCUUAAACCAUUACCCAUUUUUUUUUUAUUAGUACCACGAAUGGCACGAAUCACGAUCUAAGAAAUAAUUUUUUUCCAUGAUGGGCAAUGGCCGAUGAUAUCUUUAAUUUUUGUGGAUGGAAAUUUCAGUAUUUUUGGCGGGAACAACUAUCAAAGUUAGGUUAGAUAAAUGGUUAUAACCGCGGUUGUAAAUACAAUGUUUGAUGGCAAUAAAUUUAAAAAAUAAAUUCCAUCGUCCCAUCGUGGUCUUGCGCAUAUCAUUGUACUCAGUUAACCUGUUGCCUCCUCAAACAAUAUUAUAUGACUUAACUCAUGAUAAGCGAAAAACUGGUUACUUACGGACUUACAGUUUUAUGCGUAUCAUUAUAUUGCCAUAACAUCUUGUUUUUUAUCAUGGUAAAAAAUAAUGACGAAGUACGGAUUUUUUACAAACUUACUACAGUGUAGUUUUUAGUUAGUAUGAGACGAAAGCAUUAAGUAGUAAGUACGAUCGUCCAAAAUGGAUUUAGAUUUGGCUGAAGAUUUAUUUUAUUUUCAAAAUAUCGAUCAAAAAAGUUUGGAUAUUGUGCUCGACAGCGAUACAAAAGAAAAAUUUUACUUGAACCUUUUAACAGAGUCUUUUGCAAAUGUAUUAGAUACACCAAAUGAUCAUUCAAUGGUAUUCGCAGUACCAGGAAAUACUGUUUAUUUUCAUCCAAAGAUCCCAGCGUUUGAUAUUAAAUAUAUUGAAGAUUGUUUUAAAUUCAAAGACUUUCCUGACCCAACAAGAUAUUUAAUUAAAAACACAAGUAAUGAAAAUUAUACUAAAGAUCAAAUAUUUGAUUGUUGGCUGCAUCAAAAUAAAUCAUGGUAUGAUUUAAACUCAGUUCCAGAAAAUCAAAAAAACUCUGAUGAGGAUUCUGAUAUGUCUGCUAUCAAUUUCCAUAUGGCUACUACUUCAAUAAGUGAUUCAUCUUCAAGAGUCACAAAAAUACCCUAUUCUCAUAAAGAAGAUGUUAGUAUUGUUAAAUACAUUAUCAAAAACAAAUAUGCUUUCAAUGUCAAUGCGGUAUCAAUGUGGCGACGUAUGGAAUAUGAUAACGUAUGUAAAUAUCGUUCAUGGCAAUCAAUGAGACAGAGGUACAUAAAAUAUAUUAAGAACGAUUUAACUUCAAAAAAACAUAGUUUUCCAUUUCUCACUCCAAAAAAAUUGCAAACAUUAUUGCAAGGUUUAAGUAAUGUAAAAAAGAAAAAUCUCAAUAAAAAAGCAUACAAAUUCAGAUUAAGCAGAGCACGGAAUUAUUAUGGGUCAUCUACAGACAGCAGUUCCUAAUUAAACCAUUUAGUAACAAAAUAUACAAAUAUAAUAUAACAUAUCAGAGGUUCCCAAUCUUUUCAUGGUACAACCCAUUUUGAAAAAUUUUUAAAUUUUGACAACUCAAUAUACUAAUGACAUUAUAAUGCUUUUAAAAAUAGCCAAAAAUGCUCCAUAAUUAUUAUUUUUAAUACAAUUUGGUAAUUUGGUAAUUAAUAAGGUAUAAUUAUCAUUUUAAUUGGAGUUCAUGUAAAUAAAAACCGUUGAAAUAUGCAAAGUAAUGGGAAAAUCAUAAUGUCAUGCUAAAAUCCUGUGGAACAAAUCACUUUUUUUGUAGGAAAAAUAGAAUACUACUAUGCGAUUAUAAAUGGUACUACAAUUUGUCCUGUCAAAUCAAAUAAUAUAAUAAAUUGGCGUUUCCCAAAUAGUGGGUCCCACUAUCAAACCAUGAAAAUAUAAUACCGGGUUACAGAAUUUAAUAAAAUUCUUAUAUUAAAUUUUAUUAUAAAAUUCUUUGUAGAUAUUCAAAUGUGUUAUACUUUGCCUUUUUUACACAAUGAUAAAUGUAAAAUAUAUUGGUGGGUUACUAAGGGAAAAAAUACUAAUUAUCGGGCCAGCUCAAACAAGAGUUUGGGAAACACUGUAAUAAUAUUAUCUUAAUAUGUACUUAUUUAUAUUUUCCUUACUUAUAACAAGUUUAAGCUAUCAGUACAAAAAUUAUGGAUUUUAAAAAAUAAGCAAAAAGAUAUAUUUUAUGUAUAAAUAUGGGGAACCUCUAUUAUAGUAUAAUUAUAUAUUUAUAUAUGUCAUAUUUUUUUCUGUUUAGUAUUAAGGAGUUUUGAUACUAACCUUUUCUAAUUACAGGUAAUUUUUAAAGUUUAUGUAUGCUAGACAUGUAAAUUUGUGUGUAGUAAUUUACUAUUAGUGUAUUUAAAACAAAUAGCAAAGCACUCCUGUAUAUGGAAAUGCAUGCAUAUGUUAAUAACGCACAACACGAAUAUUAAUUUUUUUGUUAAAAGUAUCAAUCUUUUGCCAAUUGUAAUAACUAACUUAUUAACUUAUUUAUCAUGUAUAAUUUCUGAAAACAUUUGAAUUUUUCACGAAAAAAGUAUAAAGUAUUCAAUAUUAUUAAAAUUUUAAAAAUCUUAAUAUUUAAAAAUCUAACUUUGAAAAGUAUUUUUUCAAAUAAACUUCAUGAUGAGUUCAAAUAUAUUUUUAGAAGUUGUAUCCAAUGACUAGAAUAGUCUGUGCACUGUACCAUUAUGAUUGGUCUAUUUUGUAGAAAUCAGAGGGGUUUAAAUCCCCAAAGUAUUAACAUUUUUUGAUUGCGCUAAAUUAUAAUUUUUAAAUGCUUUCAAGUUUCAAGAUCAUAUUUAAAAUGUGCUGUCGUGUUAGUCAUAAAUAGGGCUUUGAAAUUAUAUAAAUUGCAUAGUGAAUAGUUUUUUCUCAUAUAUUUGAAAUGUUUUCUGUGCUGAUUUUGUCUAUUUUAAUUUUCAAGCCCUAGUCAUGAAUUUCUAAAAAUCUGUUUAUAAAAUAUAUUAUUUAACCAUUAUAUGCAAUGUAUAUUGUAUGUAUACAAUAUAAAUGUAACAUGUUAUUAGUUUUUGUGUUAUAAUUAAUAGUGAUUUAAUGGUUUAAAAUUAAAGUAGAGUAGUGACAUUUAGAGUAAUUUCGAGUAUAUACAUAUUUUUUUUAUUUCAAAUUACUUACCAUAUUAAUGUGUAAAUCUUAUUAAAUACUGAAAACCUAGACCUUGAUGGCCUAAACAGUCAACUUUUGCCGUUCUGUUUUUAUGUCUAGUUCCCUAUUCAAUGAAUAGAUGAUACGGUGUAGCAUCAUAUUACUAUCAUUGAUUUAUUAAACUACACUAAAGUGACUGGAGUAUAUAAUUAUUGUAGGAGUGAUUCUUAAAGAUAAAUGACAAAAAAACAAAAAUAUGAUAAGGAAAAAAUAUGCAAUUACAUAGAAAUCUGUGCUCUAUCAUGAGAUUUGUUAAAAAAAAAGGCUUGUUGAGUUUGUUUGUUGGCAGUUGAUAGGGAUAAGAAAUGUUAACAAUAUUUUUUAUUUAAAAUGCUCAUAAAAAGUUAAUUUUGCAUAAAUAAUAUAAUAAAAUAAAAGUAUAUUUUGAAAAAAUAUUAUAUUUAUAUUUUAAUUAUUUUGCUUUUGUAAUUUUUAAGUAUUUUAAAAUUGUGUAUUUAGUUUCCGCUUAAUAUUAAUAAUAACAAAAUAAAUAUUUGUGUUUUGCA